AUGAGGGGGCUAAAAGAGAGGCGAUAUGAUGCCUUCAACAGGCUAAGGAUCUUCCAAGUCAUAAGCGUCGCUUUUCUUGCUGGGCUUUUAUGGUGGCGCACUCCAACUUCCCACAUUGCAGACCGAGUCGCGAUGCUAUUCUUUUUCGCUGUCUUUUGGGGGUUCUACCCACUCUACAAUGUGGUUUUCACGUUCCCUCAGGAAAGAAGAAUGCUAAUCAAAGAAAGAUCAUCGGGAAUGUACCGCCUCUCGUCCUACUUUCUGGCGAAAACAGUGGGAGAUUUGCCACUGGAACUAGCAUUACCAACCGCAUUCACCUUCAUCCUUUACUGGAUGGGAGGGCUCAAACCCGAGCCUCUCACCUUCACCCUCUCCCUUCUCAUAGUCCUCUUCAGCGUCCUCGUUUCCCAAAGCCUGGGACUCGCGUUUGGCGCGAUACUCAUGGAUGUAAAACAAGCCACGACACUAGCAUCAGUCACAACGCUAGUCUUCUUAAUAGCGGGCGGAUACUAUGUUCAGCAAAUCCCCCCGUUCAUUCUUUGGCUCAAAUACUUGAGCUACAGCUUCUACUGCUUCAAGCUUCUUCUCGGGGUUCAGUACAACGAUAACGACUACUACGAGUGCUCAAAAGGACACUACUGCCGCGUUGCAGACUUCCCCGGUGUCAAAGCUGUGGGCUUUAACCAUAUGUGGGUGGACGUGUCCGUUAUGGCAAUGAUGCUCGUGGGCUACCGGUUUAUCGCCUACCUAGCACUCCACCGUGUUCGAUGA